AUGCAGGCGGUCUGCCCGCCUCUCCACCGCAAGGAGCCUCCACCUGCUGUACACCUGAAAUGCAGCCUCUCCACCUCCUACUGCGACGAGUUCGUGUGCACCAGCAGCCCCUCGGUGGAGGCCAGCGUGCGCCAGCUGGCCAAGGACCUGCAGCGCGCCAACGGCCGCUGGGCGCCCAUCUAUGCCAGCACUGUAGAGUACCGGGAUGCGUACCGCAGGUUCAAGGGCCCCGACGGCUACCAGCGUCUCGACUUUGUGUCCACCAACGUGCAGCAGGCGGCGGUGGCGGUGACGGGCAUGCGCAUGCUGGACAACAGCAGCGCCGAGAUUCGGUGGCGCCUGACGGGCAAGCUGGGCGUGCUGCCCAUCGACGUGGCAGGCACCACCGAGAUUGAGAUGAACCUGCUGACGGGGCGCAUCGAGCGGCACCGCGAAAAGUGGGACCUCGCCGCCUGCUCGCCUCCCGCGGCGGCCGCAUGGAACGCGUCCCGCGCGCUGUGGGCCGCCAAGCAGGCCAGCGGGGAUGCGCAGCGGGCUGCGGGCCGAGCGCUGGACACGCUGACCAGCGUGGACGAUGAGGACCAGUACAGCCAGCCCAACCCCAACGACCCCGGCCGCUUCUUCCAGCAGGGGGACACCUUCAAGCAGGAUGCGGCGCUGUUUGUCGGCGUGGUGAUGCUGUUCUGGGGGCUGGUGCAGGCCUGGGCCAGCCUGUUCAGCGGCAGCAGCGGCGGGGGCGGCGCCUUCUGA